AUGUCUACCCAAGAAGAGCACCCCACCCUGCUCAUUCCCGGGCCCAUCGAGUUCGAUGAUGCCGUCCUUCAGGCGAUGAGUCACUACAGUGAGUCGCACGUCGGCGCUGCCUUCGUCUCAGUCUUCGGCGAGACCCUCUCGAUGCUCCGGAAGCUGUUCCAAACCUCCAACCCCGCAUCUCAGCCUUUCGUUAUCUCGGGCUCGGGAACAUUAGGAUGGGACCAGGUCGCGGCCAAUCUUACGGAGCCGGGCGAUGAGGUGCUCGUUCUCCACACCGGGUACUUUGCCGAUUCGUUCGCCGACUGCUUUGACACCUACGGCGCCAAGCCCACUCAGCUGAAGGCUCCCAUUGGCGAUCGUCCCCAGCAGGAUGCCGUCGAGAAGGCUCUUAAGGAGAAGAAAUACAAGCUGAUUACUGUCACUCACGUCGACACCUCUACCGGUGUCCUCAGCGACAUCAAGUCCCUGGCCGAGCUCGUCCACCGCGUCAGCCCCGAGACUCUGAUCGUCGUUGAUGGUGUGUGCAGUGUUGGCUCGGAGGAGAUCCGCUUCGACGACUGGGGUAUUGAUGUGGUUCUCACGGCCAGCCAGAAGGCCAUCGGCUGCCCUGCCGGUCUGAGCAUCGUCAUGGCUUCCGGCCGCGCCAUUGAGACCUUCAAGGCCAGGAAGACCAAGCCCGCCUCUUACUUCGGCUCGUGGAAGAACUGGCUGCCCAUUAUGCAAAACUAUGAGGCAAAGAAGGCCUCCUACUUCGCCACUCCUUCCCCUCAGCUCGUCCGCGCCCUCCACACCUCUCUUACCCAGAUCCUCGCCUCUCCUCUGGAUGAGCGUUUCGCUCGCCACAAGGAGGUCUCGCAGAAGAUCAAGCAGACGAUUACCUCUCUUGGUCUGAAGCAGCUCGCUGAGAAGCCUGAGAACCAGGCCAACGGCAUGACAGCCAUCUACCUGCCCGAGGGCAUUGCCGCAGCCCAGAUCCUGCCCAACCUUCUGCAGAAGAAGGUCAUUUUCGCUGGUGGUCUCCACAAGGAGAUCGCCUCCAAGUACAUCAGAUUCGGCCACAUGGGUGUCAGCGUGAUGGACCCCAGGAAAAAUGACAUUGAUCGCGCCCUCGACGCGCUGAAGUCGGGUCUCUCGGAGGCUGGCUACCAGGCGCCCUAA